GGCUUGUGCAAAUGCACAAUAACCCCAGGGGUCUCAGGCUGCUGCAUCCACCGCCCUAUGCGGCCCGCAAGACCCCGAGGAGCCCGCGUGACGCAAGCAACGUGACGUAACAUUGCCCGGCGGGAGAGAAGCGCGGCGGCGGGAGGCACUUGGGGAGGUGCCCGGUGGAGCCGGGCCGGGCGGGGAGAGAGCGGCGCGGCGGCUCCUUCCUCCUCCUCCCCCUCCUCCUCCUCCGCCUCCUCCUGCGGGACAUUGCAGCCGCCGCGGAAGGGGCGCGCAGGAUGCGCGGGGCUUUCCCGGGGCUUUGCCUGGCGCUGCUGGCGGCGGAGCGCGGAGCGCGGCUCUGUGCCAUCAUCCACUACCUUGUCAGCGGGCAGCUGGGCUGGUUCGGGCUGACCAUCGCCUGCGUGGUGCCCGGCUACGUGGCUCAGCUCCUCAGCAUCCUCUGGUUCAGGGUGGACGGCCGCCCGCCUGGCUGCUGGCUCCUGAUGCUCCAUCUCCUGCAGCUGGGCCUCUGGAAGCGGUACUGGGAUGUUUUUCGAAUGACGGCAAAGGCGGGCUGCAGCGCCUGUGCUGGGGAGGUGCUGGUGCAGCAUGGGGAUGUGUGUGUGCUGCGGCUCCUGGAAGCCCUGCUGCAGACCCUGCCUCACCUCCUGCUGCAGGCCUACGUCGUCGUGGCAGUCGACCCAGCGGGCUUUGUCCCCGGUGUCAGCGCAGGGCUGUCCCUGCUCUCCCUCGCCUGGGCUUUGGUCUCCUACAGCCACUUCACCUGCCUGCUGAAACCCGGACACCUCUGCCCGCCAGCCGUGGCCAUCCUCUGCCUGCUGCUCUGGAGGACGGGGAUGCUGGGGACCAGGGUCCUGGCCCUGGUGUUCUUUGCCAGGCUGUACUCCUUCUGGGUUUUUGCUGUGGCAGGUAAGACCUGUGAUCAUCUUCUCCAUGUCCCAUCCUGCUGUCAGCCACAGAGAUGCUGCUGGUACUGGAGCGCUUUGCAGCCUCCCCCAGGAAUGGCUUUGCCCUUUUGGUCCUUUCCCCUGGCAGGUGUCCACUGGCUGUUCAUGUCCUUCUGGCUGGUGGCCCAGCAGACGGACAUCGUGGCCCAGCCCUGCCGCUGGAGGCUGUUCAAUUGCCUGGUGGGAGCUGUGUACAUCUUCUGCUACAUUAAUGUCCGGCCCGGUCCCUCCAAGUACAGGGUGGCCGUGUUUUAUAUCAUAAUGGUGAUGGAAAACACCCUCCUCCUGCUGCUGGCCACCCGGUUCCUGCAGGCAGAGCUGAGGAGCAGCCUGUGCAUGACCGGGGCCAUCAUGUCAGGGUCUGUAAUAGGUGCCGCAGCUUUGGUGGUUUAUUACAGCCUGCUCCAUCCCAAAUCCACAGAGAUCUGGCAGGGCUUCCUGGAGACAACCUGCAGUGCUGCAGCUACCGGUGAUGAUGAGGUUGAUGGAGACAGCUCCCAAGCUGGGCAGAGCUUGGGGAUUUCAGGAGAUGGAGAGUCCUUGGCUGGGGAAGGGACCACGGCAGAUCCAAAAAACGGGAACAGCUCACCGCUCCCGCAGUUCGGAGGGUGUUUGGAAGAUGGCUGGACAAACCAUCACCACUGGCUGCUGGUAAAGCUGGCCUUGAAGACAGGAGAUAUGUCCGCGAUCAACGCUGCUUUUGGAGAUGGUGGCAUGGGAGAAGUUUACCCUGGAGGAUGGGUGAUGGGGAAACCCGCUGGGGUUGAGCCUGGAGCAAACCUUUCCCUCCCCACGAGGGAAGUUGGUCCUCGGGGUGCUGAAUCUGGUCUGACUGAUGAGAAAUUGCAGGCGGCGGGGAACGGAGGAGGCAGCAAACCCAGCACCGGCGCUGUGAGAACAGGAUGGGAGGACGGAGCAGGGCAGGAGCCUGAUUUUCACCCAGCCAUAUCCUUUCCCAGCAGUUUCUCCCCAGAUGCAGCCAAGGGCUCCUCUGUGUAUUUCAGCGUGAGCGCAGGAGGCAUCACCUCUCCCGGCAUGGCGACAACCACAGCUACGUCCGUGGCCCUGGUGGAAAGGGAUGGUGAGGGCCAGCCUCCUCCAGGCUGCCUGGGGGAAGGAGGAGGAGGAUGGGAUUUAUCCAUUGGGACGGCGAGCAUCAGCCCAAUCCUGGGUGCUUGUGCCCACAAGCAUCUGCGGAGCAGCUCUUCCCUUGGUGGCACAGGUGGCUGUGGGGUGGUGGGUCCCCCCAAAGAGGACUCGGAACCCGUAGGGCUGGAGGGUGCCCUCGUGGGGUGGCAUCACCUUCAGGACACCCAUCCUUGUGACACACAAGGGACUGUCAUGAGGAGCAAGCUGAGGCCACCGUGCUUCACCUCCACUCCCAAGGCUGACCCUAGAUGCCCACAGCGAGGACUGGGGGAGCUGGGAGAGGGGACAGACCUGUCUGGGUUGCUGGAGUGACCCUGAAAUUGCUGCACCAUCACCUUGGGUCAGCACUGGGGCAACUGCCUCGUUGGUAUGAUACAGCAGGAGGUGAUGGGAUGUUAAUGCUGGCCAUACAGACUGUCCCCAUGGUGCCCCUGCCACCAGGCAGAUGUGGUCCUGCAUCGCUAGGACAUCUCCUUCCUUCCUGGUGCAUCUUCUGUUUACAGUUUUGGAGAGCUUCAGAGGUCUUGGAAAGCCUUAAAAGUCCAAGUUUAGGUAUUUAUUGAACUUAUUUAUGUAACAGUCCUGCUAGGCAGCUGGAGCACACUGCCUUUGAUAUAUUUCUGACGAUGUCUUUGAAGCGUAUCCUUUAACGAGUGCCUAUACGAGCUGCUGGCCUGUCACAGCAUGGAGAUCUGGCUGCUGUCUCCAGGGGCUGCAAUGAUGGCCAAAGCAGACAAAUAAGUGCCUAAACCAGAAAAAUAAUGAUGUUUACUCUCCGAUGCCCUUCCUUCUGAGCAGAAUAAGCCCUAAAGUAAGGCUCAGUGGUGCUUGACUUGUUUUUCCUCCACCAGGUUCAUCUUUAGAGCUUUACCAACUCCAUUUGGUGGGGCCAUAUAGGAGCCCAGACCCUCUUCGUAUGGCAAACCACAACCUUGGGACCUUGAACUGUAGCCAAAAGCAUGUCCUGCUUGCUUGCCUACUGUCCCGCUUCCUCCAGUGGCCUUUUCUGCCCAGCCUCUUCCUUGCCCCCUUCCAACCAGCUGCAGAUAAUCCAGAUCUGCCUGGAUGCUCCCUCCCAAAUUUUGCCUCAAGCCAAAUCUCAAAACAGAUCUGCGUACCCCUUCCACCAUAAAAUCCCCAUUUCAGGCAGGAUUUAUUUGUAUCGAGAACUAAAAACCUCAAUACGGUGGCCUCAGAAAUAGCUCCUGCUCCCAGCCAGGCUGGCUGGACACAGGUUUGUGCCCCGGACGUGGCUUGACAUAUUGAUUGAGGUCUGCUCAGCUGGUUCACCAGUGAGCUCGUGGGUGCCAGCUGGUGCACAUCUGGCCAUGUCCCCCAGCCGUUGUCCUGCUGCGGGGACGUCUCUGGUGUUGCCAUGACACUGGAAAGGCGGCAGGAAGGACAUGCAUGCGAUGAAUUAUUUAAAAAAGCUUCCAUGUAGCAUUAGCUGCUCAGGAUUGACCCAGCCAGAUGAUUCUUCAAGCUGAUCUGGGCAGUGAAAACCCAGUUGGUGCCGAUUUUGGAGUGAAGCAGCUUUCCAGCGUGGUGAAAGCUCCGUGUCUCCGUUCGGAGCCAGCACUGCCGUGCUGGGGCUGCGCUCUGCAGGGAGGAAGCAGUUGCAGCGGCUUUUCCAGAGUCCUCCUCGCUGUGUGCAUCACACAGAAGGCAGCAGAGCUGCCGUGGCUUUAUGGAAAUUUUUAUUUAGUUUGUUUUUCUACCUUUGGUAAU